AUGGCGUCGAAACCUAUCAAACAGGCUCAGGCCGUGACUGUCAGCCUGCAAGAGCUGAUUGACGGCACCGUUUCUUUCGACACUCUCACGGAAGCCUUCGGCCCCUCCUCGCUAGGGAUCAUCGUUGUCAAAGAUCUCGACCCGAAAUUCCAGCAUCUUCGUGCGCAAGUUCUCUCCAACGCGUCGUACGUUGCUGCGCUCAAAAACGAUGAGCUCGAAUCCCUCACCUCCCCCUCGGCUAAAUACCUGAUCGGCUGGUCCUGCGGCAAAGAAACCCUGAGAUCAGGGCACUUCGACACACUCAAGGGUUCCUACUACGUGAAUUGCGCGUUCUACAAGGACCCGUCUUUGCAGGGCGCGCCGUCUGACGAACACCCCGAUCUCCCCGAGUACACGGCGCCGAACAUCUGGCCGGACGUUCAGAAGUUGCCGAAUUUCCGCAGCGGACUUGAGGAACUGUGCAGGUUGAUCAUUGAUACGGCGGUGCUGGUGGCUAGGGCUUGUGAUCGGUAUGCGGAGGGGAACAUUGAGGGGUAUAAAGCAGGUUAUUUGGAGAAGGUUGUUAGGGGCAGUUUGACGACGAAGGCGCGGUUGCUGCAUUACUUCCCCGCGCCGGAUGGUGUCCAUGCUGAAGAGGCUCGGAAAGAUGAAGAGAAUGAGGAGGAUGACGACUGGUGCGCAACGCACCUCGAUCACGGGUGUCUGACGGGUCUUACAUCUGCGAUGUUUGUCGACGAAGAUGCGCACCCGCCUGCCUCUUCUUCUGCUACCUCGAACCUCCCUGAACUACCUGCGUCUCCGGACCCGAAAGCCGGACUGUACAUUCAGUCGCGCACAGGGGAGGUGGUCAAGGUGAAUAUCCCCAAGGAUUGCCUGGCGUUCCAGACGGGUGAAGCACUGCAGUUGAUCACGAAGGGCAAAUUCCGCGCCGUGCCGCACUUUGUGAAGGGGGCAAAGGUGCCCAAGGGACAGGGGAAGAUUGCGCGGAAUACGCUGGCUGUCUUCACGCAGCCGAAUCUGGGAGAGGAGGUGGAGGAAGGGAAGACGUUUGCGGACUUUGCGAGGGAGGUUGUUGAGAGAACUUAUUGA